UGCCUGCCAGUGGGAACUGGCCAUGACCUAUAGAGGAGACGUCUAUUUCGUGCCCGUACUGUAUCCGUUUUCGUGAUUGUACUUGUUGGCAUGCUAUAUGUUUAAAUAAGGGGCACUCCAUAUUUACUUACUGAGUUUAUCUUAUAGUUUUUCCUUGUCCACCAUUUCAGGAAGUGAAACCGAGGACGGGGAAACCACAGGAAGUGACGAGUUAGAAAGCUAGCCAUUUCGAGAUUGAUAUAAAUUUUAGAUAUGAAUCAUGAUCUUGUAUUUGGAGAUUUUAUGAUAUCAGAGUAAAUUUUAAAGACUUGAUCUUCAGAUUUUGAUGGUAUUAGAUUGUGAUAUGAUAAGUCCGAGCCUUGUGCAUUCUUGGGACUCGUCUCACGAGUGUACGGCGUCUGUUGCGUCUCGAAUUUGGGUUUUGGGAACACCCCUUUUAAUGAGAAUGACGAUCUGCGGUGAGUUUUUUGCCAAACUCAGCAGCGCCAUCGCUAGUCAGUUGUUCGUCUUCCUCCUCUGCAACAUCAUCAUCACUACUCUCCUCGCUAAGUCCGGUAGAUUAUCCACCAAGAAUCUCGAAGACAACAAUGCCGAGGAUGAACUGUACGAGGAAGUCGUCAGAAACACUAAAAAUUGCCAACUGCAAUCUUCGGAAGAUGCUAGGGAACUCUCCAUAGAAGAGAUUGAUUUGGAAAUGCAGGGCAAUUUGGUGUUGGAUCUUGAUUCUGAUUCGGAUUUGGACAUGGAUAAUCCGAACUCUUACCAGAGGAGCAAGUCGGAGAAGUUCGUUAGACCGGGUGUGGAGAAAGGAAAAAGGAAAAAAGGGUCAGGGAGCCGAUGCAGAAGGAGAUGUGCUUUGAAUGGCAUGACAAGUGGUAUGGGAAAAGGGCAUGAAGUUAUUUUUGCUUUAAGUGAAGAGAAAAAAUCCAGAAGGAAAUAAUCCAGUUAAGGGGAGAGUUAUGUUAUGGCCAAGCAAUUGAAGAGGCUCUGUUUCCUGAUACUAUCCUAAAAUUGAUUGAGAUGAAGAUGAAAGGCGCUCUCCAUGAAUUAAGCAACAAAGUCUCUACAUUGCAAGGGAAUUUGCAAGGGAGUUUAGCAAAUAUUGUUUCUUGCUUGUUAAGAGAAAGCCUAUUUGGCUUUUGUGAUUGCAAUGUUAAUUGUAUUUGUAAUGAAGGAUUAGGAAUAUAGUGUCAUUUGUUCC